AUGAUGACGUGCCGUCUGCUGUGCGCCCUGUUGGUGCUUGUCCUGUGCUGCUGCCUUUCCGUGUGCGCAUCAGACACGCAGUCGACUGAAGUUGUAACUGGUGGAAGCGGCGGCAGCCCACCGUCCGCUCCACCGUCCCUUACAUCAGAGAGAUCACAUGAGGGGGCCGGUCCGUCAGGGCCGCCACGUCCGGAAUCCGGUGCGGUGUCGGGAAAGGUUGACGGAGAAGGAAAACCUUUGAAUGGUAAGUUAACGCUAUCAAAUGAAGCAACCAUUACCGUAGAGACAGCAGAUAGGAACGGUGCGACAGCGCCUGGGAGUGCACACACAAGUCUCUCAGCAGACCAAACAGACAAUCAGCCGACUGAAGCUUCUGCCGAGACGACCACGACCACUACAAAGGCACCAACCACGACGACCACAGAGGUGCCAACUACUACGACCACCCGCGCACCGUCACGUCUUCGCGAAAUCGACGGCAGCCUCAGCAGCUCUGCGUGGGUGUGUGCCCCGCUGCUGCUCGCCGUAUCCGCGCUGGCGUACACCGCUGUGGACUGA